AUGACCGUCACACAGUAUGAUGAAAUUGCUCGGUCCUACGACAUCCUUGACCAGCUGCCCUACAGGGUCAUGGAAACACAAAACAUCAAGACCGCCAUCAUGCCGUUUUUGAAACCCGGUAUAAAGGCAGUCGAGUUCGCUUGCGGCACGGGAUACUACACAGCAAAACUCCGCGACUGGGGUUGUAGUGAGAUCACGGCCAUGGAUAUUUCCGCUCCAAUGCUACACCUCAGCGAGACGAGAUUCCUAAAGGAUGUAGAAGCAGGCAAUAUACGUCUAGUUGAGGCUGAUGGCGCUGUGGUACAAGCAUUGUCACCAGAUGGCAGCAAGGGCUAUUUUGACGUCGCGUUUGGAUGCUGGUUUCUCAACUAUGCAUCAAACAAAGAACAGCUCGUUACUAUGUUCAAGAUGGCUGCGUUGAAUCUUAAGGAUGGGGGGGUGUUUGUAACAGUGGUGCCUCAUCCGACGGACAAUCUUUCAACCCGAGCAGCCGCAUGGAAUAAUCCGCCGAUGACGGCCAUUCGCCCUCUGUACAGGUAUCCCUGCGAGCUGAAGUCAGGUGAGGGGUGGAACUUGCGGAUAGUGUUGAGCGAAGGUGUCGAAUUUUCGGCGUACCAUUUGCAGAAGCAGAUUUAUGAAGAGGCUGCCAGGUUGGGAGGGUUCACGGGAAAGCUCGAAUGGAAGAGGGAGGUGCUUCUCGAGGCAGAAUGGCUGAAGGAGUAUCAGCCGACUUUUACACCUGAUGACUGGAAGAUACGAGAGGCGAAUCCUAUGCUGGGUAUUCUGGUUGUACAUAAGAAUGUGGAAGAAUAG